GCUGUGGAAAUCUGUGCUUAGGGACAGAGGAGAAACACAGAUUCUUUUUCUAAUAUCCAUUUCAUUUUGUUAAAAUGGUAAGAAAAAGACAUUGUGCUGAUUUGGAACUUCGUUCAGAUUCUUCAUACAAGAAUCAACAGAGCUUCCGGACAUCAAGUGGCGAGCCUUCCCCCCUCAGCCCUACUGAAAGUACCGGAUCUGUGUUUAUAAGUUCAGAGACAGAAAAUGGAGCAGAAGAAAAGAGGAAGACUGGAAAACCAUCCCCUGGGGUGUCACAGAGACUACCUAGUGAUAUUGAGUGUUAUGAAGACCAGAAGAAAGUUUCAACUUCACGGUCAAAGACAAUUGUGGAUAAUACCUUCUUGGUAACAGAUGGCAAAAAUGACUCAAAGUCCGAAAGGAAGAAACAUGCCUCAAAUCAGUUUAAGUCAAAUGCUCACUUUCACAAGCUGUUUCUGGAUGUCCCAGUUGAUGAACCUUUAAGACAAAAUUUCACCUGCGCCCUACAGAAAGAAAUCUUAUACCAAGGGAAGCUAUUCAUAUCAGAGAACUGGAUUUGCUUCCAUUCUAAAGUUUUUGGCAAAGACACUAAGAUUAUUAUACCUGUGCUCUCCGUAACACAACUAAAGAAAACUAAAACUGCCCUUCUAGUGCCAAAUGCUCUGGUUAUAACAACAGCUUCUGAUAGGUAUAUAUUCGGCUCCUUUCUGUCAAGGGACACCGCUUACAAACUAUUAAAAUCUGUUUGUCGGCAUAUAGAGGAUGUCAGUGUUGGCAGCAGUCCCAAUCUUCCUUCUCCAGAAAAUAGUUUCAGGAAUCAUCGUCCUACAACCUUACCUCUGGAUUUCAAUGAAGAUUUUUCUGAACUAGAUGGCAUCAUCCACCAGCGCAGACGGGAGAUGGAAGAAUCGAGCAGCACUGGUUCUCAGACUCCAGAACUUGAACAUUUCCAAGAUUACCGUGUUGCUGAGACCCAAACUCUUCUGAAAGCCUCCAAGAUGGAAACAAAGCCUGGCCAUACAGAUGCACGGUCUCAAUGUUUGUGUGAUGAUAAUGUCAGGAAUGUUUCAAGAAAUGUUCCUCCUGGAGUCCUUGGAUUCUUCUACAGAGUGAAUUACCAUAGGUCUUUGUCUGUGAAUCACAUUCUUAUUCUCUAUGCAAUUCUGGUUUGUGUACUCAUUUGCUCUACAUUCUACAUGAGAUAUAAAAUCCACAUGCUGGAAGAGCAAGUUGGUUCCAUGGCUUCAGUUGUGGAUUCACGUAUUAAUGAACAUCCAGUACAAGAAGACUUGGAAUCUCCUCUGCAUCUUAAUGUUGAUGGUCUCUGUGAGGAGCUAACAGCUAAUCUUAUCAAAUUGGAAAAGAUACAAAGCAAUUUACAAAGACUACUUGAAGACAAUGAAUGAAUUGCCAGUUCCCUUUGAACGACUUUGUUCAUACCUCAUUUUCCUCCUGAUAAACAACUCUAAAGGUGACAUAAGGCUCUGCAGGCCAGGGUGGAUGUACUUCAACUCAAUCCAAUGCUGCACUGUUUUGCAGCUCUUGUAUUCAGCAAUGAAGGUUUGCAUCUGUGCAAUAAAGUGUGUCUAUUCAGGGGGUGAUGCCUUUCUAUUAUCUAUAAUGGUGUGUGAAUAACAGAGAAGACUGAUCUUGACACUUUGUUAUAUUGCUUAUAUCUAGUAUCUACAGUAAUUCCAUUUUCUUUGACUGUUUGACUUUUAGACUUAAACUGGUAUGACUAAGAGCAAUGCUUGGCCUUGGAUGUACAAUUUGCUGUACAACUGUAUCUGGAAAGCUUCAUGCCUUUCACAUCCUUGUGCCUGAAUGCACACUCCAGUUUGUUUUACUCUCUUUCCUUUCCAGACAUCGGAGUCUAAUAUGUCUAAUAUUUAAUCAGUUGGCCCCUAUGGGCUUCAUACUGCAAGGUACUCAGUGAACUCUGUUUCUCCUUCAUCAUGUUCUUGCCUGGCGGGAGUUGGCAUAUUCCAUACAGAGUUGCCAAAUGACUUCUGCAAGCUAAACUGCAGUUAACAAAAUUUAACAAUUGAAACUUUUCCUGGUAUAGA